GUGUGUGUGUGUGUGUGUGUGUGUGUGUGUGUGUGUGUGUGUUCGGAGAACUUCCUGCCUUAUCUCUGUUUUUGUAACAAGGGACACGUAGAACGUACUCCUCUUUCAGAAUCGAAGAGUGUUACGUGAAUCCUCCCUUAAUACUUUCUUGCGCUGCUUCUAGUCCGUGAAUCACAGCAUACCUCGUUACGGUCUUGUCGACUUUAUUUUCAUCUCCUUCAGUACCAGGGUGUAGUUUUACCUUGAGUGUCCAGUGUCCUUUCACAGGUUACAGAGGGGAGUUUGAGGCUUUACAUGGCGGUGAUGGUGGUGUCGUAUUCCAUGUAAUAACGAAUAGUCGAUUUUAUUUACAUUAAGAAGGGUCUAUGGUGGUAAGAAUAUUAAUUUUCAGUCUUCACUAUUUUAAUCCGCACAAGUUUCUGAAGCUAUACAAAAUCACGAAAUAAUAAGCAGAAUGAAUAUGAAAACGUGUCAUGGUACUGAAGGGGUUAAGUAGGGCAGGUAUUCUUCUAUUACAGAGCACUUAGAUGCUUCUCUUCAUCUUUUUUUUUUAUUCCAGCUUUAGUGAAUUCAGUUAUUUGUUCCUUUGUCCAUCUCACUAGCUCCAUCUGUCGUUGACCCAAAGUGCUUAAAUUUAUACACCCUCUUGAUAUUAACUCCUUAACUGUCGCUUGCUACUCUUCAUCCAUUCCAUUUUUCGUUUUUGUCUUCCUUCUUUUUUAUACUAUGUGUCUUCAUUCCUCUACUUUCCAGAACAUAUCUCUACUCUUCGUGUUUCUUUUUCAGUUCUUUACUAUUGGCAGCAAGUAUUAUGCCAUCUGCCUUCAGUAACCAUGCAGCAAAGUCAUCUCUACCUCACGUUUUUGGAUCCUUGGUAUAGUGUUGCUUUAACAAAAAACUGUUGUAUAUAAGACCGCGCUUUACAUUUAAUUAUUAACAAGUUUCCUUGCUCUUAUGAUUCAUUAAUGCUCGUUAUAUAAUAAACUUUUGAUACUUCUUUUUCCGCAGUGUCACUAAACCUGCCCAGGUUACGUGUAUUUGAUGGAACGCUAAUGAAAGCACGACAGGUAAUGCAAGUUCUGUAUGUAGUUUAAUUGCUAUAGGUAUCAAGGUUCUACAGGUGAAAUAAAUACUGCAGGUGACUGAAAUGGAUAACCUGGUACUUCACAGUUCGCGAUACUUACCUGUUACUGUUGUUGUUGUUGUUGUUGUUGUCAUCAUCAUCGGCAUUAUUUUUGGUGAAGUACCUAACUGCCUUUACUCUUAUCAGUAACUUGAGCUUCAUUCGUCAUAUCAGCUUAUCAUAUCAUUACCUAACUUUUGUAGUCUCUUACUAUUACUUUUUUACUUUCUACCUCCCCUCCUCCACUACCAUUAAUUAAUUUAUUCUUCCUUUUUCGUCCUCUUUGUCUUCCUUCCCUAAUUUCCCUACACAAUUUUGAAGCUUGGGCGCGCACGCCGCAUACACACACACACACACACACACACACACACAUCAGCUGGUCUCCUUAUUACUCGUAUCCGUUUCCGUGGCGACACAAUCUCCGGAGACGCGUGAUGGGUGGCCAGCCAGUGUCCUUCCACAGGUUACAGAGGGGAGUUUGAGGCUUUACAUUGCGGUGAUGGUGGUGUCAUAUUCCAUGUAAUAACGUUGUGUGGUAGCUUCAUCUAGGAAGAAAAAAGGUGCUAUGGUGGCUUAGUCUUGUAAUGUAUUGCGAUGAUUUUGGUGUUUAGCAGCUGUGAUUGACGUGUUCAUGGUAUAGUGAUAGUGUAGUGGUGGCGGCGAUAGCGUCUGGUGAGGAAGGUGGUGGUGACGAAGAGGCCAUGAGGACCGCAGGCAUAAGAUCCGUUCCUCAGCCCGUCCCCCGCCCUGAUGCCUCUGAUAACCCCCAACCUUCCCAACCUCCAAAGCCCCUUCCCAGGACAAAGUUCCUGCAGAAGAGCGCGUCGGAGGAGUCCCCUGCCCCUGUCACGUUGCGGAGCCCGCCAGCCCCUCCCGUCCAAUCCAAAUGCAUUUCCACCACGACUCCCACCCCACCUCCCAAGCCGCCCCGCACCCCAAGUCUUCGGAACAGUCCCAACAAGGACACCUCUUCGCAGCCUCGGCGCUCCGGUCUCAUAGAGGUGCUGUCCCGUGCCAACACCGCUUCACCUACCUUGCCUACUUCGAGAACUCAACGGCAGGCUACGAGUGCGCUGAAGCCUGUCCGGCCAGCUCCCCAGGGCAGGGGUGCUGAUCAACUUGCGGCCGUAUCAACGCGACGUAAUCAACGCCCUGUUCUACAACCACUCUCACUCCCUUCACCUCCCAAAGGCAUCCCACCCAUUCCUUCAAGCAGCGCUACACCCCGCGUUCCUACUCGUCCUUCCCCCGCUCAACUGGCAGCCUCGAGGACCCCAGCCCGUCCGUCCGAUCGGGGUCGCAGCCCCCCGUCACUCACCGUUGGGUUACGGACGAACAGGAAUUUACAGGGCCCUGUGUGCUCCAUAGAAGAUUUCGAGGAUAGCUGUAAGGAAGUGUUCCGCAGCACGAAGAAGGCCAAGGAACUGUCAGCCCGUGGGAAGCAUAUGCAGGCUGCAAGUCACUUCCAGAAGGCGCUUACAGCAUUAGACCGUGUGUUACGGGCACAGGUGCUCUCCCUCUCCCAACAUGAACCCACCAGGCAGCGGCUCUUCCUUCUGCAGCAGGAAGUAUUCAGUCUUAGGAAAGAGGCACUUAAUGGCUUCACUGAUGCCCAGACAGCUGUGCGGACACCUCCGGGUCUUGCUCCAACUCCUGCUACACCUGGAGCCCCACCUUCAUAUGAUGAUGUCCUGAAAGAGGAUAGCCGCCUCCUUCAAGAUGGUCAUCCACAUCCACCCAGAGAAUUAUCCACACAGAGCACAAUAUCCUCUCCCAGCCUUCUAACACCUACUGGCCAAGGGUCUCGUCCACAUACUCGCCCAGUAACCACACAGUCUCCAGCUAACAAUAGGCAAUCUGUCCGUGUUCGAUCACACAGCAGUGGAGAUCCAGAAAUGGAGGAACUUGUAAAUAUGAGAGGGAUCAGAUCAGGAGAACCUACAACAGCUCCACCCUCCACUCACCAACGCUCUCUGUUUAAGUCCACACUUAUAUCAGCUACAAGACCUAAAUCUUCUUACCAUCCCUUGAGUCAACCAAACUCACUUUUGCUUCCUUCACCUACAGUCAGUUCUACUUCUCUUCCUCCUCCACUUCUUCCAGUCUCCCUUUCUCUUGCUUCCCUUCCCACCCAAUCUUCAGGAGCUACAUCCUUGGAAGCUCAGCCUCAUCCUAGCCCUAGACCCACAUCAGUGGUUGAUGAGGCAGUGCUGAGUCAAAUGAAGGUGCUCCAUAAAUAUAAGAGUAAUAAGAGUUCAAAUGCAUUGGCUGACACAUCUGCCUCAUAUAUUCAAAAAGAGCCACUCCCACCUAUUCCCUUAAACAAAGACAACAUGGAGGAAUGGAAGAGAAAGGAAGAGAUAAUUAGCAAUGAUAGUGGUCAACCUUUGCUGGAAAAUAUUGAGAAGAUCUCAAGAAAUACUGUGCAGCUAAAGGAUAAAGCAAAGAGUAAUCCUGUACCUUUUGUAUCUCCUGUUGAUGAUCCAUUCCUAAGUUUGGAUCCAUUUCCUCUUGUUAAGCCACAGUCUGGAGACAGUAAUGAGCUGUUCACAGAGGAGACACUGGGUGCCCACUCAUUACCUGUAGUUUCAGUCACACAUCAAAACCACAAUCAAACACCUUCAGAUGACUCAGCCCAUGAAUCAUCACAGACGUCAGACCAGAAGGAUUCAUUUAGCUUCAGUGCAACACAAGACUUACUUAAAACUCAACCUGGGAUAGCACAGAAUCCUCCAGUCAACCUUGGAGACUCCAUCCUUGAAGCCUUGGACUUUGCUAUCACACCAGUGUCAAAUCACAAAAAAGUCUCUCCCCAGCAUUCAUGGGAGAAGAAGAGAACUCGCUCUCACUCAGAGGAAAACUUACUGGAUUCUUCAUACAACACCUUUGAAACCAUGCUGCUCUCUACCAAAGACAGGCAAGCUAGCAGGGCAUCUAUCAUUGAGGAAUUUGAUCCUCUGAUGGUUUCGCAUGUUCCUCAGGACCACAUUGAGGAUGUGGAGAAAAGGGAAGAUGAGCUGCAUGAACAUAAGGGAAGGGAUGUAUUGAGAGAGGAGAGAGAGACUAAAGGCAGUGUACCACCCGAACCAACACCACGGACAACAGUGGAUACCAACAAUGUGUCUAGUAAAAACAAAGAAGCAGCUAAGGAGGAGGGAGAGACAGACAUUUUUGGUUCACCUGUAUACUACUUUGCUGAAGGAGGAGCAGUAGCACUAGAGGAACAGGCAGGAGUAGAUGAGUACACCAGUAGAUAUUCUGGAGCUUAUGCCUUGUCCUAUGGAGGGAAAGGAAAAUCAUAUUCCUCCUCAGAAGACACAAGUAGUAUGCACUCAUGGCCCCCAGAUUAUAGUGCUAGGAUACCAUCUGACCCUGCUUCACCAAUGUAUCCCAGCCUGUACCCAGAAGAAGAGGAGGAGCAGGAGGAAGCGAAGGGAAGCAAUUUUGGUGUAGGCCGUUCAGCUUUCUAUAUUCCUCCCACAAUACAGGAUGAGGUCAAAAGGAGGAACUUACUGAGUAUCCGUGAGGGUGUCAAGAUCUAUUUCAUACACACCGAUGGCAUUGUCACCUCACCGUGGAACAGGCCCUUCCUUGCUGUGUCCAGAGACCUAUCUAAAGACAAAUCCUUUAGUACUGGGCUGGUGGUGAGUGUUGGCAACAACCUAUGGACGUGUGAGCUGCAGAGGAAGUCCACUCUGGUGCUGAGGACACAGACAGGGAGCUAUGUCUUUAAUGAAGUGGCAGGGAGACCAGAGUGCAAGGCAGUGGCCAUUCGGGUGCCAUCAGGAGUACGGCGUGUCCAGCAUGAGCUGCUUAGUAACAUCUUGCAACAGAACACCCUGUUGGAGGAAGAGCGACCCAAAGGCAUCACCAAGGCCAUCUCCAAGGGUGCCACCUCAGCUGCUACACGCAUGACCAGACUGGUGGAGGACAAAUCAGUAACUCCUAGUCAGACUUUUGUCAGGAGAAAUUCAAUCAGGGCAUUGAAGGGUGUCACCAAGCGGCUCACAAGCAUUGCUGAGAAGACUGGAGGCACUUUGAAGGAGCUGCCUGAAGAGUACCAGGCUCUACAGGAGGCAGCAGACACUCUUGCCUUUGCCCACAGUGCCAAGAUGAUCCAGUAUGUUUGAACCUCUACCUGGGAGUGAAGAUUGUGCAGCUGUCUUAAUAUUAGGAAUCUACAAGCAGGAAUAAGUUUGUUAUGCUUUGAUUUUGUUCAGUGGUGCAUGGUGCUUGUUGACUGCUGACUGUUUUCAUGCAUGAACUAAAUUUUUAAGGAGUUGUCAGUCAUGCAUGAAUUGAUGAGUUGCAUGAAGUAAUAGUAUUGUACUGUGUAUAAACUGGAAUUUGAUGAACAAAGGUUACCCAUUCCAUUCAAGAAAAUGUUCACUGUGUCUUAUCUCCAUCUUUUACUAGGUAUAUGUCCAUCAUAACGGUUAAGAAAUAAGAGGCAUGUCUUAGGGCACAUCACUUAGUGACUGACAUGUGUAGCUCAUAAACAGAGAAGAAACUAUCUUAUCUGACCACACUGUUGUAUCAUUAAGUUGGGCUAUGUACUGUGCACCGAGUAAUCACUUUCUAGCACAACUGUAAUGAAAGACAAGAUUUGACUGAAAGAAUAAUAUAAUUAUAAAUCAUUUCUUUACCUUAAGUGUGGUGUAUGGUGUGUCUCUAGGGGCCAAAUUCAUAGUACUUUCAUCAUUCUGGUUAUCAUGUCCUUAGGAAUAGUGUUCGUCAUGAUUACUAUCAUCAUCAUCUUUGUUAUCCUCAUCAUUGCUCUGAAAAAGGUUUCAUGUGUGCACUGGCCUUUUUUUUUUUAUCUGGUGGUGGCUGGUCAGGCUGCAUGGUCUCGACCUGCUCUUCCACUUGGGCCUAGGUCAGUGAAAACCUCUGGAUUAUUUACCUGUUGGUGAAUUGGUAGACUCCACUAGUUGUGUUGGCCAGUGGUUUACUGAUUUGGCCAGCAAACAUAGUCUGUUUCUGGAUGGUGAAUACCAGGGAUAGUCAUUUUGAAAAAAGCAGUGGGAAAUGUAUUCCAGGUUCUUGGAAUUACUUGUUGAACAAAUUGGAUAAGAAUUUUUCUUCUUGUGUUAGUUUGUUGAUUGAUCAGUAGUUUCAGCAAGGCUUGAGUUAAAAUUUUAACAGUAGGAGGUUAAAGCAUGCUGUAUGGCUCACAUACUCGUGUGUUGCAUUUAUAUUACAGUUAUGCAGUGAAAUAUAUUCUUAGAACUUAAUAUGUGAUAAUGUAUAGCUAUGCUUCAAGUUAUUAUUUGUAGCAGAGGUACUACAGAUGAUGAACUUUGUUCCACAUCAUCCUUGGAAUCUUUCUGGAUGGUAAAGUCAGGGGUAGAUUUCAGAUCAUGACAGGGUUGGUUACUGUUGUCUGCUUUCUGGCCUGACCUUGAGAAAGCUAAGGCCAGUCCAUACUCAUACCUGUGGGGAUGCAAGUUCAAUGUACUAUGUACAUGUGAUUCAGUAUAAGAGUACAAAGAAAAGGAGGAAAAAACUCCAGUUUUUGUUCUAUUCUGUUCUAUCUCUGUUCUGAAUAUUAAUUGUUUGCUCAUUCCUUCAUAGGAAUGGCUAUGAUAGGACUAUACAGGACAGCAGCUGACUGCCUCACAGAAGGAGGGCUGAACAAUAUAUUGGCCUAAAUGUGACCACAGCAAGCCAAGAUAACAGGGCUUUAUGCUGUUGUUAUGUAUCUUAGAUCGUGUGAUAAGAAACUCCACUUACACCAUUCUUGCAUUUAACUCUCCAGUUUUGGGAUGCUCCUGCUUGGACAGAGGUAGCAGAGUUCAGUAGGAGAAACAAUACACAUGGAUUUGUGAGACAUAUGCAUCAUAAUUCAGUGAAUAAGUUAUAUCACAGCUACAUAAUAGUGCAGUCUAGAUAGAUUAUAGAUUAAAAAAAAAUAGCCCAGAUUGUCUACAAUGCAGGCAAAACAUUGAAUUUGUGAGCAUAAUAAAAAUAUAAAGCAGUA